UCAACUGCAAAAGCCCCUCGUCGAGUCGUCGCGGCCCUCCUCCAUCAAUCCAUCGUCGAUCGAUGGCGAACAUGCUGGUCUCGGAGAUGCGGCUUCCUCUCUACCUCGCCCACCUACUCGCCGCGCGCCGCCUUGACACCGCCAAGGACGUGCUGUCGCUGCCAGAGGUGGAGCUCAUGGCCAUUCUCGACGCCGGCCUUCCCACCGCACGCGCUGCCAUCGCCCACGUCAGCGAGGCCGCCUGCCCGCCCUGCCAGACGGCGCUCUCACUUCUGGAGGAGCGCGUGAGGUUAGGAGGCGGCGGCCGGCUGGCCACCAUGCUCUGCGGGUUGGACGAGGCAUUGGGCGGAGGAAUCCCCACGGGGAAGCUCACUGAGGUCGUUGGGCCCUCGGGGAUCGGCAAAACGCAGUUCUGCCUGAAGCUUGCGUUGUUAGCAGCAUUGCCGGAAUAUUAUGGAGGUUUAGACGGUCGAGUUGUGUAUAUUGACACGGAAUUCAAGUUCUCUCCAAGGAGGAUGAUUGAGAUUGGUCAGAAAAGCUUUCCUCAAAUAUUUCGACAAGAAGGCUUGGCGCAGAAGAUGGCAGGGAGGAUCCUAGUAAUGCGACCAACAUCUUUAGCUGAUUUCACCAAGAGUUUGGAAGAGAUGAAGGUGACUCUUCUCCAGCAUGAUGUGAAGUUACUCAUUGUUGAUAGUGUGGCUGCUCUUAUGUCGAUGGAAAAUGAGAAGGCUACAGCAGGUUUCAGGCAACACCCUUUAAGAUGGAGCCUUUCUUUUCUUAAGUCUAUAGCAGAGUUCUCAAGAAUUCCAGUUGUGGUUACAAACCAAGUACGCAGCCAGAGUAAUGAUGAUGGUUACCAUUUUUCCUUUGAAGUGGACAGAAAGGAUGGUAGUAACUGUGCUGAAAGGUUUGAUUCUCAUCUUGUUGCUGCACUAGGGAUUCAGUGGGCUCAUGCUGUAACUGUCCGUCUAGUCUUUGAAUCCCAUUCAGGCCACAGGUUCAUUAAGGUGGCAAAAUCACCUAUGUCUCCGGCAGUAGCAUUUCCAUUCGCUGUUGAGUCAUCAGGUAUUACAUUACUAAGUGACGAGAGCAUUGAUGUGACAGGUCCUGAUAUCACCUCAAUUCGUUGUCAAGGGCAAAACGUUCUGGCCUGAUAACAAUUUGAAUGCUACUGUGGCUACUGAAAAAGUGUAAUCUUGCUCUUUGUUGUCUACUGGACAAUAUGAAUAUAUUUAAUUUAAUUUCAGCGCACUCUCCUCAAAGUUCAGUAGUAGUCUUGCUUCUGUAUCCUGUUUUCUCCACACAGUGUAGCAUGUAAAAGAUACAAGAUCAUUUUAGCAUUGCUGUGACUAUAAAAGGGAUUAAGUGCUUUGCAA